UGGGCUAUUCUCGGCUACAGGAGCAGCUGCUCCAAUGCCCCAGAGCGGCCAUGGGCGCCCCGCACUGGUGGGACCAGCUGCGGGCUGGUAGCUCGGAGGUGGACUGGUGCGAGGACAACUACACCAUCGUGCCUGCCAUCGCCGAGUUCUACAAUACGAUCAGCAACGUCUUGUUUUUCAUUUUACCGCCCAUCUGCAUGUGCUUGUUUCGUCAGUAUGCCACAUGCUUCAACAGUGGCAUCUAUUUAAUAUGGACUCUCCUAGUAGUAGUGGGAAUUGGAUCUGUCUAUUUCCAUGCAACCCUAAGUUUCCUGGGUCAGAUGCUCGAUGAGCUUGCAAUCCUUUGGGUUCUGAUGUGUGCUCUGGCCAUGUGGUUCCCCCGAAGGUAUCUGCCAAAGAUCUUUAGGAAUGACAGGGGCAGAUUCAAGGCRGUGGUCUGUGUCCUGUCUGUGGUUACAACGUGCCUGGCGUUUGUCAAGCCUGCCAUCAACAACAUCUCUUUGAUGACUUUGGGGGUUCCUUGUACUGUGCUGCUCAUCGCAGAGCUGAAGAGGUGUGACAAUGUACGUGUGUUUAAGCUGGGCCUCUUCUCGGGCCUGUGGUGGACCCUCGCCCUCUUCUGCUGGAUCAGUGACCGGGCCUUCUGCGAGCUGUUAUCAUCCUUCCACUUCCCCUACCUGCACUGCGUGUGGCACAUCCUCAUCUGCCUUGCUGCCUAUCUGGGUUGCGUGUGCUUCGCCUACUUCGAUGCCGCCUCAGAGAUCCCUGAGCAAGGGCCGGUCAUCAAGUUCUGGCCCAGUGAGAAAUGGGCCUUCAUCGGCGUCCCCUAUGUGUCCCUCCUGUGUGCCAGCAAGAAGUCACCUGUCAAGAUCACGUGAUGGCAAGGCAGUGGCUGGCUUCUCUGCUUGUUUUCCUUCACACACUGGGGCUUCGUUUGCUAGCAAGGGCAGCCAAGGGGGUUCUAAGAAUUGGUGUAGGGUGUAUCUUUUAAAAAUUCUGUUCCCUUGGGCUCUAAUUAGUGUGUGUCUGGACUGCUAGGGUCCCACUGUGCCCCCGGGAGAAGACGGAAAGCAGAGGGCAUAGGGACACUAGGUGAACUUUCUCAGCGUCACUUCCAGAUGCACUGGUGUGUUGGGCUUCAUUCUUCAUGGUGGUGGCAGAGCAGUCCCUUGGGGGAUCCAGGGCUACCCAGUGCUUCUUUCUGGAGAAAGCUGGCCUGCUCCAGACGCUACCCUCCCAGGCACUCUUGGAGUGGACUCUUGACAGACCGACUCUCCGACUCUCUAAUGGAAGGUGCCAGAGAUGUUCAUUUGGGGAAACUGUCUUUCAACCAAACCAAACAAAACACACACAGGGCUAUGGCUCCAGAGGCUAGUUUUUCACUUACACCUCUCAACUAACCCUGGUUGCACAUGUACUGUGAGUCCUUUUACUACUACCUCUGCUGAGAGAUGGAGACUUAACUUCAGAGAGGGUGAAGCUAAUGACUAACUCUCUAUGCCAAAAACUGCACUCCACUUUAAGCUGUUCUUGAAGAUGAGCACAACUUAUAAAUGUUGACAUCUAAACUUUCUGCCCUCCUCCUCCAGCCCAGUGGCUUCAAAUACACAGAGAAGAAUAGCUCUGGUGUGAAGAUUCCAUACACAGCCCACCCUCCCUACCGUUUGAUUAUCAAAAGGGCUUCAUGUAGUUUUUUCAAACUUUCUCAUUUAAAGUCUCCAGUAUACUAUACUGUUUGGGAAAUUACCUUUAAAGGUCUUACCUCUUACUUUCUCRGAUACAUCCUGUGGGAAUUAGGCUCCACACUCUCACAGUACACGGUGCUUCCUGUGGUUUUAUCAGAGCAUUGGCUCACUUUUCUCAGAUAUUGGCAAUAAUCACACACUGAUUGGCUGGUGCAGGGGGGCAAAUCUUGCCUUCUGGGUUUUUCUCGCCUGGCUGCAAUGAGUCACUGUGCUCCAAUGACACCAAGACUGUCUUCAGGGCAGCAGAUGGGCAUUACCAACCUCAGGGACUCUCAUUUUAACUCAGGCAUCCUCUGCUUUGUAACAUUCCUGGUUGGGAGAAGGCAGGACAAAUAGGCCAUUUUGUCCUUUUCCUGUGGGUAGGAGUCAUGUCACUGUGUUGAAGGUCUAAGUGUUGGGAGCAGCAGUGUUUGGCAUGUCUAGGAACUAACUCUUCCUCUAGUUAGAGUUUGCAUAGGAUUCGAAGUGAAAGGGCAAUAUGUAACUGAGUUCAGAGUUUAAAAAGAAUAAUUGUAUUCCACUUGGGUGGUUUUCAAAUUUUACAUGUAACUCACUGGAUUAUUUCCUGUUUCUUCCUGUAAUAAGAAAUAUUUAUGAAACACAAUGCAUGAAAUAAAUUCUAUUUUAUGAACUUACAUAUAAGUUUAAAUUGAUAGCAUUUACUUAAUAACAUAUCCAGGCAGUGAAAAUACAAAUUAACAAAUUGGUGCUUUCCAAGGCAAAAAAAUCUUGUAUUGAAUGCAUGUACAUUUUACUUUAUUAUAAUUUUAAAAUAUAUUUUAAAUCAUUUUAAAUUGAAUAUCUGCAGAACCCCUAAUGUGAUUCUCUAAAUCCUGCCGAUUGGUAGACUAGAACUGCUGUGAAGUCCUUUGGGUUUCAAGUCUAGAAUUUUAAAAAGAGAAAUAUCAGACCAUUCUCAUUUCAGGUUGACCUUACCAGGCAUGAAUUAUUGUCUCAUCUAUUUUACAGGAUACAAUUAUUGUCUCAUCUAUUUAACUAGAGGGUUUGGCGUAUUUAAAGCCGAGCUGUCUUAGUAUGGAAGCCUGGAGCAGGAGAAGCAGAUUGUAAGAAAUGGUUCUUUUGGUAUAAGUUUAAUUUGUCCUGAAGGUUCCCUAGUAACAGGAGGAUUAUCCUAACAUUCAAGGAGUGACUAUUUAACUUUACCAAGGAAAGGAURUACUCCCUAGGGGCUCUACCUACACUCCCACCUCCAGACCCUGGAAAUAGGGAUAACGUAUUACAUGGAUGGGUAUAUUUGAAUGGGCCUGUGAAAAAGAAAAUACAUACCUUGACUUAUUGAGCUAUUUCUGUCCCU